UUAGAAUGUGGUGUGAUAUUAUUCUAUCAUAUGUUAACUCACCUGGUAUACUUAAUACAGUCUUCUCAGCGGGCUUCUCAUGGUCGUGAUAGUUCACGGGAUUGCCCAUGUCGUACAUGCCGCGUUCGUAGAUAUCCCAACCCCCAUCCGUGUUGGUGGUUAUCGCGACAUCCCGCGUGAAGCCGCUUAUGAUGAAAUUCACGAGAGGGGAAUUCUGGGCAAGUUAUGGAACGCCAAGAGAUUAUGAAUCCAUUGAGACAUUGGAGAUUUGGGGUCGGUACAAAUUUGACACACGUGGGCCCAAGCAUAUGCAGAAACAAGUGGUUUGUCCAAUCACCAGCGAAGCUUUAGAUGAACUUAUCGAAGGAAGGUGGGAUCCACCUCCCACCUUCCCAGACCAAACACUCCCCAGUUUCCCCAGUUCGAGAGCGAAGAAGGUCACCGCGUGUCAUGCAGUAGAGAUUUCAGGUUCGGCCCGUUCGACACACAUUCCUAGAAAGACUCCUGAGACUCCGACCCAUAUCAAAAGCCAAGCUGUUCUGUCGUGAGGAACGGGGUAUACUAUCGCAGAUGAUCAUGAUGGGUCUCAAGCUUUUAUCUCCUUUGUUCUCUCAGUCCCUUAGAUAGUAUAUUUAUUA